AUGGGCAAACGUUUCCUAUUUUCUUCUGACGAUGCCGCAAAAAUUGGGUUUGAUAAGAAACCUCGUUUAGUAAAGAAAAGUCUGUCCAUCCGAGGUCAGGAUCAAUCCAGGUCUUCUCCCAGUCCAGUGAUAAUGGCUUCCUUCGUUAAGUUAUGGUGCUCAAAACAUAGACUUAUUGAUGAUUUAAUCGACGCAACAAGAGAAGCCGAGAAGUAUCGAGAUACAGAAUAUCGUGCUGUCGUCGUAAUACAGAGUUGGUAUCGAGGUGUCAGAGUCAAGGCGUUAAUAAAACACUUGCAUCAAGCGGCAUCGAUCAUACAGAGGUGUUUUCGGGCCUUUCGAGCUAGGAAAACUUACAGGAUAAAAUUAAAGGAAGCUGUGACUAAGAUGGAGUGGAAGUAUUACUAUAAUAUGGCAACAAUUAUUCAAAAAACUUGGAGAGGGUAUUGGACUAGAAAAUACGAGUUUAAUUAUUACGCACGUAAGAAAUACCUUGAAGGAUUAGCUUUAAAGAAUGAAUUUGUGAGACAUAGACUUGAAGAAGUGGGCAGAAAACUUAAGGAAGAAGUAGAACAAAAUCAAAAGAAUGAAGAGCAAAAGGAGCUUUAUGAGAAUGCAUCUAGACUGCAUUAUCUCGUUAGUACUCACCAGAUACCUGGUGUGUACAAUUCUCCUUUCAAUAGAUAUCCUAAUCAGAUGGAAAAUCAUCUGCGUGAAGUUAAAAUGGCCAGUCUAAGAAGCCAGUCAUAUACACAAAAAAACAACCUGAGUAAUGGUGGGAAUAUCGUUGUAUUGCCACCGUUACAAACAACAAAGCAGCAGGGACCAUUUCGAUCACCUGAGAACGUAGUCACGCAACGCAAUAAGGAAAUUAAUCUUAGCCUUCGUGCUGAAACUGCUUACACAUCUGCUGAUGAUACAAGACGUUAUAUGAAGCAACUUGAAAAAAGAAUGCGAAUACAAGAUAAACCAUUUCAACCAUUUUCUCAUAGAACUAUACCCUAUGAGCCUACAUUACAUGGUUCGACAUCAUACGGAAGGAUUGCAUACGGAACCGAUCAUUUUAGGGAAACUGACCACGAUCUCGAUAAGCAUGAUAAGGUAUUAGAUGCAGCCUUAACAUCUUUAAUUUGUCGUAAUCAUUUUAAGUAA